UCGAAUCAGAUGAGGAAGGUACUGACAGAGAGCGGCUUUGGUACUGAAUCAGAAAUCAGAAUGGACUGUGGCUUUAUACAGUAGAUAUGAAAUAUUAGGUACCAUUUAACUGCCUCUGUUUCCGGUCUUUGUCAUGUCUGUCAUUCCCUGUUUAGUUGAUAGAUGGAGUGAGGAGAAUAACAACAUAAUUUUGACUUGGAAGCAAAAUGAACUUGGCCUUGAACCAAAUCAGCAUGUUUGGAAGCGAUGCUGGUCGGAAAGCCUUAAACUGCUGCAGAAAAUUCAAGGAAUACCAGCAGCUACUGAACGACUCGAACUUGAAAUGACAGUUUCAUAUAAUACGUUUUUAUUCUCGUUGAGUUUCUCCAAUGCAAGUGAAAUAGAGGAAAGUCUCACCAAUAGUUUAUUAAGAGCUUUAGAGGCUGGUGGAUCUCAGGUUUCCUGUUCUGAUCCGGUUCAGUUGUGGGAGGCUGUUCUACAGACUUUUGGCUCCUCAGUCUAUGUGCCUUAUGUCCACAAGCUUCUGCUCAUCCAGUGGAUGCUGUGGCUCAUGCAGUGCCAGUUAGAGAAAGUUCUUACUCUUCUGAUGCAAAUGAAUCACAAGAGCGAGCGUUCAGCACCUGUGGAUCUACAGACAGAAACCCGAAACCUUGCUUUGAGCAUGGAAGAAGACUCCUCACUAAAGGUUGCCAUGGCAGCAAAGGACCUCAGGGAUCUCUUGCACAUCUGCACUGUAAUGUGUCAAGGGGUGGAACAGAUGAAGAUGGAAAAAUAUUCUGAGGCCCUUGAAGCUUUUCAGGAGGCUAAAGGCCUCCCAAGUCCCAGAAGUCUCUUGGCACAGAUCCACACCCUCACAGGCCAGAGUUUUGCUAAGCUGGGUCAGCCCCAUUGUGCUCUCCAUUUUUAUAGGAAGUCUGUGGAGGUGGAUUGUGCUUGCCAUAGUGCACUUUAUCAAAGUGCUCUGGUGUUCAGACAGCUUGGCAAUCCAAAGGCAGAAAUGGAGGCCUUGCAUCUCCUUUACUCAGCAGUCCAACUGCAGUCUGAUAAAAGUUCAUCUAGUGCUUCACUGGUCUCUCCAGCUAUGCUGUUUGGUGGUGUACAGAUGACCUUCAUUAGCAGAGUCCCUUCCCCUUCUCUGAUUCUGCACACUUUGGCUCACACGUGUGUGUUCAAUGGCAGUAUUUCAGAUGGUGUUGAGUACUAUCUAGAUCUGUUGGCGUCACUGCAGUCAGAUGGUAAAGAUCUUAUACUCACAGGAGAUGGCACUUCUUUUCCCAGAAUCCCAGUGGUCUACCUUGAAGCAGGAUUUGCUUUAUUAAAAGCUAAACGUUAUUGUGAUGCUCUUGUGGUCUGUGAGGAGGUCAUCACCAGCACUUUGGACUUCAUCCCUGAGAGACUGCUGCUUGAUGCUGAUGAAAAACUAAAAGCAGCUGAUUCUGAUGUUGUGCUUGAAAAUGUAGAUCUUGUGUUAUGGGCUGGUGCAGCCCAUCUCCUUCAAGCACAAGCACACUGGAAACUGAAAGACAUAAAAGAGGCUAUUACUAAUUUUACAAGAGCGAUUAAUCAACUGGUCAAAGUGUUCAUUAAACAGAAAGACUGGAAACAAAAACAUCUUGGAAACACUGAAGCGAUGGUUGAAAAAAUGGUGACUCUGGAAGCAGCAAAAGGGCAAGCACUAGCUAGUAGAGGGCUCUGCUUUCUGGAAGGAGGUCAAUUAAAGCAAGCCCUGAGAGAUCUCAAUCUCAGUCUCCAGAUGACACCAGGUUGUAAGAAUACUGAGAUGUGGCUGACUGAGGUCUUGUGGAGGCUUGAUCGUAGAGAGGAAGCAUCAGCACACUGGAGAGAAGCCCAUAGUACUAAAGAUGCACCCAAGUCAAUAAAGCUACCGCUGUAUUUGCAGCUAUGGCCAGAUGACACGGCUUUUGACUUCAGUGGCUUGAAGAAGAAAAUGGAGGAAUAUAUUCAAGCUAAAAAGACAUGAGAGAUGUCAGAAAGGAUGCUCUCUACUACAUUCAGCUAAACGGCAUCAUUUCAAUUUUUGGUGCAUCUAAACCAGAACUACAAACAGAAAAACAGUUUGUGUUGUCUCGUUUCCUUUUCAGAUGUAACCAUGUAGCAUUCCACUUGUCAGAGCAAAUUAUUUGUGAGCUCAAGAGAAUGCAUCCAGGCUGGUAUCAGAUUCUUUGUAUAUCUUACACUUGACAAUUUUUCUGACUAGCAUCUUGUUUUUGGAAUGGACAAGAAACCAUUUUAUCUAUGAUCUUGACAAAUAAAUAAUAUUCAUAAUGAAAAGGA